AUGGUUAUUGAUGAAACGGAAUGCUUUCUUGUACAUAUUCAAGACGUUUCAGAUUACUAUCAUGUCGAUUAUUACUUUCACUGUGUUCUUUAGAACCGAAAUGAAGAGUGGUCGACUUGAAGAUGGUGGCAAGUUUUUUGGUGCUUUGUUCUUCAGUCUUUUGAAUGUGAUGUUUAAUGGGGCUGUUGAGCUGGCAUUGACGGUUAAGAGGCUGCCUGUGUUCUUUAAACAGAGGGAUUCGCUGUUUUACCCUUCAUGGGCUUUUGCCAUACCCAUAUGGAUCAUGAGGAUUCCCAUAUCGUUCACAGAGUCACUAAUUUGGGUUGUUCUAACAUAUUACACUAUCGGUUUUGCUCCUUCGGCUAGUAGGUUUUUCAAGCAGCUUUUGGCUUAUAUUGUCCUACAUCAAAUGGCUUCGGCUCUUUACCGUUUAAUGGCUGCCAUUGGAAGAACGCAGGUCAUAGCAAAUGCUCUUGGUACCUUUAUGUUGCUAGUGGUUUUUGUACUUGGUGGAUUCAUCGUUGCAAAAGACGACAUUGAACCUUGGAUGAUAUGGGGUUAUUAUGUUUCCCCCAUGAUGUAUGGACAAAAUGCCAUUGCGAUCAAUGAGUUUUUAGAUGAUAGAUGGAGCACCCCAAAUCCUGAUCCAAGAAUCAAUGAAACGACUGUAGGGAAGGUUCUUCUGAAGUCGAAGGGGAUGUUCACAACCGAUUAUAUGUAUUGGGUUUGUGUCAUUGCACUCUUUGGUUUUUCUCUUCUCUUCAACCUCCUCUUUGUGUUAGCUCUUUCGUACUUGAAUCCUCUCAGAGAUUCAAAAACCGUUGUUCCGACAGAAGAUGAGCAGAAUAAGAAGCACCAAGAAACAGACACAGAAAUGGCAGCAAGAAAGAAAGGAAUGGUGCUCCCGUUUCAGCCACUGUCCCUUGCAUUCGAUCAUGUCAACUACUAUGUAGACAUGCCUGCUGAAAUGAAAAAAACACAAGGAAUAGAAGAGAAUCGCCUACAACUACUACAAGAUGUCAGUGGGACAUUCCGGCCAGGCAUCCUGACAGCAUUAGUUGGCAUAAGUGGGGCCGGAAAAACGACCUUGAUGGAUGUUUUAGCUGGAAGAAAGACCAGUGGGUAUGUUGGAGGAAAUAUCAGCAUCUCUGGUUACCCUAAAAACCAAGAAACAUUUACUCGUGUUAGUGGAUACUGUGAACAAAACGAUAUCCAUUCUCCCCAUGUCACCGUUUAUGAAUCCCUCGUCUACUCUGCUUGGUUACGUCUUUCUCCAGACAUAACCACAGAAACACGUCAGAUGUUUGUGGAAGAAGUCAUGGAUUUGGUGGAACUGAACCCGUUAAGGAAUGCAAUAGUUGGGCUUCCAGGAGUAGAUGGUCUUUCUACUGAACAAAGAAAGAGGCUGACAAUAGCAGUAGAAUUGGUUGCAAAUCCAUCAAUCAUUUUCAUGGAUGAGCCCACAUCAGGCCUUGAUGCAAGAGCUGCUGCCAUUGUCAUGCGUACUGUUAGAAACACGGUUGACACCGGUCGAACAGUUGUAUGCACAAUCCACCAACCGAGUAUCGACAUUUUCGAGGCUUUUGACGAGCUGUUGUUGAUGAAAAGAGGUGGACAGGUCACUUACACUGGACCUCUCGGGCACCAAUCUAACCACCUAAUAGAAUAUUUUGAAUCUAUUCCAGGAGUUAACAAAAUCAAACAAGGUCAAAAUCCCGCCACAUGGAUGCUUGAAGUUACUUCUUCAGCAGUCGAAACUCAACUUGGUGUUGAUUUUGCAGAGAUUUAUGCCAAUUCUGAUCUUUACAAGCAGAGCCAGGAGCUCAUUGAGGUAGUAAGUACACCAAUACCAGGGUCCAAGGACCUUUACUUCCCUACAAAGUACUCUCAAUCCUUUUGGACACAAUGCAUGGCUUGUUUUUGGAAACAACACUGGUCUUACUGGAGGCAUCCACAGUAUAAUGUUGUUCGGUUCUUCAUGACAACGAUAAUUGGCAUUCUGUUUGGAGUGAUUUUCUGGGACAAAGGCCAAAAGACUGAAAAACAACAAGAUGUAAUGAAUCUGAUGGGAGCUAUGUAUGCUGCUGUAUUGUUUCUUGGUGGAACCAACACUUCAACUGUGCAGUCUGUGGUGUCUAUAGAAAGGACAGUUUUCUAUCGUGAGAAGGCAGCAGGGAUGUAUUCACCAAUCCCUUAUGCAUUUGCUCAGGUGGCCAUUGAGGUGGUUUAUGUAGGAAUCCAAACCAUCAUAUACAGUCUUCUGAUUUACUCCAUGAUUGGAUUCCAGUGGUCCGCAGACAAGUUCUUAUGGUUCUACUUCUACAUGUUCAUGUCCUUUGUCUAUUUCACAUUAUACGGAAUGAUGCUUGUAGCCCUCACACCCAAUUAUCAGAUUGCAGCCAUUUCUAUGACCUUCUUCCUCAAUUUCUGGAACUUGUUCUCUGGUUUCCUGAUCCCUAGAACGCAAAUACCGAUCUGGUGGAGGUGGUAUUACUGGGGAUCACCGGUAGCGUGGACUUUAUACGGCCUGAUCACAUCUCAGCUUGGUCAAAACGAAAGCCUUGUAGAGGUUCUAGACCAGAAUUCCAUCACAGUGAAGGAAUUCAUUAAAGAAUUUCUAGGGUUUGAGUACGAUUUUCUCGGAUACGUUGCUUUCGUUCAUGUUUGUUGGGCCGUCCUCUUUUGCGUCGUCUUUGCCUACGGCAUCAAGUUUCUGAAUUUCCAACGAAGAUAG